UCACUUUUUCCACUGCUACUCAGGCCCUCCAUGACACCAUCAAAAUGAACACAAGAACUGACCACUGAAUGACAAUAUAUAAACCCUGAGAAAGGAGCUGGCAGUAGACACUUUCUGCUCUGCCUUGACACACAAGCCACAGCGAUGAAGCUCCACACCGCAGCAAUCCUGCUCCUCUUCUGGCUUGCCAUCUUCACUGUGCACACCGUCAAAGGGAGUGCUAGUAGUGCACCAAUGCGCAAAUUUAGUUGUGUAACUCUGUCAGAUAAACAACGGAAUGUCCGAAAUCUUGUGAGCUAUGAAAAGAAACAAAUACCAACAGAUGCCAUCAUGUUUAUCACUGCAGGAGGCAUCAAGAUCUGUGUAAGUGCUAAACAGAAAUGGGUGCAGACUGCUAUGAAGAUAAUAGAUGAAAGACGUGCUGCCAAACGCUAAAAAUCCUGUCCUAGGAAAGCAUCUACGAACAACUACCUGGAAUCAUCCUCAGUGCUGCACGUAACAAGGAAAAGCUUAUUAUUUGCUUUUAUUUGCUUGCUUUUAAGAAAUGGCAGUAAACUCUCUGGACAAACACAAACUCACCUCCCACAGAGUUGGAAGAGUGUAGGCCUCCAUCCUGAUCGACAUCAGAGCAUUCUGCAUUGAGUCCUGGCUUUAAGAAGGUGCUGUAUAAUUUAAUCAUUCAUCCUCAUGCAAGACAAACCUGAAACAACAGGUUUGCUUUUCCCAUUGCUUUUCUCUGAAUAAGAACAAACCGUGUCUGGAAUCUGCAUUUCACAAACUCAUAGGAGCUCCCUGCCCUAGAGAACUAUGUACAUAGAAAUGUUUUAUCGUCUUAAAACUGAUACGUGCUACUAACAGAAGGCUUCAAACUUCAAUAAAUUUACU